AGAAGCUUUGUUGCUUCAUCAUCUUCUGCAUUCAUGGGAAUGCUCCCGGCCAAAUCCUAUCCAACUCUGUGCCACUACCCUUCGUCCUCUCCCUCCCUCUCCAAGCGCCAAAACCCUAAUCCCAGAUCCCUUCUCCCCCAUAUCCCACCUCUGGGUGCUCAAUCCCUAUUCCUCCUGGAAAAUUCUACGCCAAGAUUGGUUUUUGGGAUGAAGCCUACGACUUUGCCGCUGGAGAAGAGGCGUCUCCUCCACACAUGCCGAGAUUCCAUCGAAAGGGAGGAUUUCGAAGCGAGUGUCGAGGAGAAGGAGAAGAAUUUGGUGGAGAGGACUGCGGAUGGCGGUGCGAGUGCCAGUGAUUGGAUUACCUCCGUUCUGCUCUUUGGGCUAUGGGCAGGGCUCAUGUACUAUGUCUUCCAGCUCGCGCCCAACCAAACGCCGUACAGGGAUAUGUAUUUCUUGCAAAAGCUAUUUUUUCUAAAAGGAGAUGAUGGUUUUGUGAUGAACCGUGUUCUCGUGGCCGUGUGGUGGAUGAUGGGUCUGUGGCCCCUUGUGUAUAGCAUGUUGUUGCUUCCUACUGGAAGAAGUUCAAGAAGCAAAGUUCCUGUCUGGCCGUUCCUAGUUGCUUCAUUCUUUGUCGGUGCUUAUGCUCUGAUUCCUUAUUUCGUUCUUUGGAAGCCUCCGCCACCAGCUGUUGAAGAAGAGGAGCUCACUAAUUGGCCUCUAAACUUUCUAGACUCAAAGGUCACUGCCAUGAUUACAAUUAUUGCAGGUUUGGGUCUGAUUGUAUAUGCCGGUUUAGCUGAUGGAGCAGUGUGGAUGGAGUUCUACCAAUACUGCAGAGAAAGCAAGCUUAUUCAUGUCACGGUCAUCGACUUCUUAUUAUGCACCGCCUUCGCGCCAUUUUGGGUGUAUAAUGACAUGACUGCUAGGGGAUGGAUGAACAAAGGCUCCUGGCUUUUGCCAAUUGCGCUGAUUCCAUUAGUCGGACCGGCAUUGUAUGUUCUAUUGCGCCCUCCUCUCGCAGCACUCCCCAUGUUUACCUCUUCCACCAGCACAAAGAGUGACUAACUGCAAUCUAGUGUUGCAGUCUCUCCCUCUCUCUCUCGUCGAAUUUUGAUGUUGCGAAUCAGCGUCCAAGUGAGACAAUUUUAGCAAAAGUGAGAUCAAUGAAGUUUUAAAAUGUUCUGGUAAACUGUUUGAACACAAAUUUCAAAUGCAUCCAUCCAGUGAAUGUAAGUUGUACUCUGGAUUUAUCGAGUAGGCAAAUUAGAGAGAAGGUUGUCUGUCUUAGAAUUAAUAGGGCGAAACUUGAACAUCUUUAUUAUUAAAAAAAAAGUUUCAUUAUUAUUUUUGUAACA